AACAGUUGGGUUUUAUGCACUUAAUAUGAAAAUCACUUUAUUAUAACUAUAAAAAAUCAAAGCACUGAAACACCAUAGAAUUCAUUUUAAAAGUCCAAGGACACCGUAAUAAGUAAUUAUAUUUGUCGUAAAACGUAAAUCGAAAUAUUCACUAAACUGCAACAUCUGAUCCUAAGACAUGAACACGCCAACCUUGAGACCGUACAAAGGAAAAGCAUUCACAGAUCGACAUUAGAAGAUUACGUUAAUUACAUUUAAAUUAUAUCAUUGCUAGAGAACCGGUCGCUACGAAUCUCGACCAAGACAGAUAUAGAGCAUUUUGGUUCGCUCGAAUUCGAACCCCCUCAAAAGCGAAAGUGUAACAUGGUCCUAUAGAGUGCCGCCAUUUUUUUCUUCGCUCGGCCGCUCUUACCGCAUAUAUAUAGCGAAGCUACGAUCGAACACGCAUCAUUCGCAUUCAGGACUUCGCUGACUUCAGUGCAACCUACUAGUGCAGCAUCAUGAGGCACAUGCUCGUGGCCGCCAGUCUGGUGGCUCUCUUGGCCUUCGCCAAUGCAGAAGAAGCUAAGAAAGCAGAAAAAGAAGUGGCAGUGACCGACAACAAGGAAGUUGCGGCGGACGACAAGAAACAGGAGAAGAGAUGGGUUAGCGACAUCGGAUUAGGCUACGGUGGCGGUCACGGUGGAUUCGAGGGCAGUUACGGUGGCGGCUAUGAGGGUGGUUACGGUGCUCACGCCGAUAUCCACAAGACCAUCACUGUUGUCAAGAAGGUCCCAGUCCCAUACCCAGUAGAAAAGCACAUCCCCUACCCCGUAGAGAAGAAGGUUCCCGUACCAGUUAAGGUACCCGUUCCUCAACCCUACCCUGUAGUAAAGCACGUUCCUUACCCAGUCAAGGAGAUCGUCAAAGUGCCCGUGCAUGUGCCUCAACCUUACCCUGUUGAGAAGAAGGUCCCCUACCCCGUGCACGUCCCUGUAGACAGGCCUGUUCCCGUCAAGGUCUACGUACCUGAACCUUACCCAGUUGAGAAGAAGGUGCACGUACCUGUAAAGGUCCAUGUACCCGCUCCUUACCCAGUUGAGAAGAAGGUGCCCUACCCAGUGAAGGUGCCCGUCCAUGUACCCGCCCCCUACCCUGUCUACAAGGAAGUGCCCUACCCCGUUAAGGUGCCCGUCGACAGACCUUACCCCGUGCACAUUCCCAAGCCUGUGCCUUACCCAGUUGAGAAACUCGUACCUUACCCCGUAGAAAAGGCCGUCCCCUACCCCGUCAAGGUCCCAGUCGACCGCCCAGUACCUGUGCACGUUGAAAAACCAGUGCCCUACCCCGUCAAGGUACCCGUGCCAGCACCUUACCCCGUUGAGAAGCACAUCCCAUACCCCGUCGAGAAACAUGUACCGUACCCCGUCAAAGUCCCCGUUGACAGGCCUUACCCCGUGCACAUCGAGAAGCACGUGCCCGUCCACAUUGAGAAGCCCGUACCUUACCCAGUAAAGGUACCCGUCCCUGUUGUUGUCGGUCACGGACACGGCCACGAAUAUGGUCAUCAUGAUAGCUACUAAGGAUGCAGGGAGCAGACGUCUGAUUGUGAUACAUAAAUAUAAGCUUAGCACUAAUACGAACGGGGGACGUGAAAUACCCCGGCUAUGGAUAGUGGUCGUGCUACCAGAUCCACGGAACUUGUAUUCCACGACCCGCGAUCGGAUCAACGACGCACUGAACUAAAUACUCUAUUAGUCUACUUUUUUUGUUAUUUUUUUUUAAUCGGUUAAAGUUACGUUUGAGUUUAUGUACCUGUUAUUUUAAGACGAAAAAAUGAUGAUUUUGAUUUUUCUCUGUAUUUUGGAUGAACGAACUGAUUGUGAAAAAUAAAUGGCCACGCCAAUUGUAAUAUUAA